AAUAUAAGGCAGCACCGAUCGUUCCUAGACCUAAAUCAAUUUUGAGAAUCGGUGCGACUACAGUGGCUAGUGAAAAAUAUAAAUAAAUAAUCAAAAAUGUCUGACCAUCUUCAUCUUCACAUUGGCAACAAAGCCAGUGACGAUGAGAAGCAUAACAUGGAUGUCAACGUUGUCCUUUACCAUAAAGGGAAGAUAUAUACCGGUGGGGAUGAUGGUAAAAUAAAGGUAUGGAACACCGACGUGAAGAAGGUAGCGGAAGUUACGGCCCACCCAUGUUCGGUUUUCUCCCUCGCUGGUAGCGACGACUACCUUUAUUCUUGCUCCAACGAAGGCACCAUUAAAACGUUCGACUUGAACACGUUGAAGGAAAUCAGCACAGUCGUUAAAGACGAGAAGACUGAGUACUGGAAACUGUUCUACGCGGAUGGUUUUCUUUACUCUGGCGAUAACCUUGGAAACAUAGUCGUUUGGAAACACGGUAAAGAAUUGGGCGAAACAAACAUUUUAGAACCCAUCAAGGACUUGGCCGUUUCUGGAAAAUUCCUCUUUACUGUCAAAGACUCAGACAUGGUUGUGACAGAGCUCCAUCUCGACAAUGUUCGUCUGGACGAAGAGCACAAGAGACAGAUCCAGUUUGGAACCAGGGCUGUGCACAUGGGCAGGUACCCAGUGGCCCUUAUAGGCAAGAAAUAUGCCGCUUGCGCCGACAGAGACGGGAAAGAAAUUGUGAUUAUUGAAAACAACGAGAAAACGAACUUCAAACAGUUCACUAAGAUCGAGGGUGCUCAUGAAAUGUUGGUAAACGCCAUAGCCGGCUGCGAUUACAAAGGCCAGACCCUUUUGUUCUCCGGCGGUUGGGACAAGAAGUUGAAGAAAUUCAGGUUCGACGAGGACAUAGUCAAAUUGGACUGUACCAGUGAAGUAGGCUUCGUGGUCAACUCCAUCGCGAUUGGUGGAAGUGGCGAAAUCUAUGCCGCAGGAGGCGAGGGAAACCUUCUCCGCAUCGAAAUCGAAUGGUAGAGCUUAGUUUCUUUAAUAUUUUUACCGUUAAGGAUAUUUCACAGCUUGUGUGAGGACUGCAAGGCUAUUUUUCUUACAUUUUACUUUAUUUUAGGUGUUUGUAUAUAAUGUUCUUUAUUUUUGUACAAGGUUUUCAAUAUAACUUUUACUAAUAAA